GUGUGACACGAGGACCCAGAACUUCUAGGCAAUCCCAGUAAAAAUGCCUUUGUUAAACAGCAUUUAACCAGAAUCAGAUAUGCCAAGACUAUUCCUAAAGUUGUUGCAAUAGAAGAUAUGGCGUCACGGAGAGAUACGGCGCCCACAUAUUCCUGCAGAGCGUUGCCCACACCUACAGUCAAGAUAUAAAAGUUCGAAGCCCCUGGAAUUUUAUUCCAUUUGCUUCUCGGCCUCUUGCUCUUAUCUGAAAGAAAAAUGAACAGACUUGUGGUAGUAAUCGCUGUGCUGGGAUUCUUCUGGAGUCCUGCAUUUGCAUCUUUCCAGGUCUACAGUAUCCCAAGCGUCAGCGGCGAUUAUGUCCAGCAGACGGUGACCAUAGAUAAUGAGAACCAAGUGGCCAAUAUCCACGUGUAUGGAGGACUCUGCUCUUCGGACACCAUUUUUGACUACAAACAUGGAUACAUUGCCACCCGGCUCUUUUCCCGACGAGCCUGCUUUGUGAUGAAGAUGGAAAAGGGCUACAUUCCAGAGCUUGAAGAAAUUGGACGUCUUGCUUAUGAGAAACAGAUGAUGCACAAGAUUAUAUCCCCAAGAAACGUAUGGGUGAAAUAUGAGCCCAGCGACUCUUUCUUUGGAGAAAUCAAGGAAUGGCUGGUCUUUGGUAGUUCUAUUGAGCAGCUCUGCAAGAACGUGCCCGUUUACAAAGUUGAAAGAGUGGAGGAAGGCUUCCAUGCCAAAGGAUGUGCCAAGGCAGGGAUCCUUGGGAUUCUGGGCAUUACCGUCUGUGGUGACAUCAACCUGUAGCCCUGGGCUUAAAGGGAUGCUCUUUGCUAAAGAACCCAUUUCCCACCUCAUUGUGGAGCUGAAAAUGACCUAGAUUGUUUGUGCUUCGCUUGAAUGCUGUACACCCAAGAGCUGCUAAUAAAGAAAAGCAAUUUUUGCA